ACACGAAACACAAAUCAGAAUCAUAGUAUCGAACGCAACAACUGACAUCAAGCAAGACAAGCCCAAUGAUGCUCGACCUUCAGAAUCCUGAUCAGUCUGACUGGCAUUUUGCCGUUGAAGCUCCACCAGGCAAAGUCAGUGUCGUGAUUCCUGAUUUAUUCUCCUCGUUUCUGUCACUUCCUCCACGAGUCAAUCCACUGUACUUGAAGGUCAAGGCGGAAUCAGAGGCAUGGUUUUCUGAGAAACUAGGAGCGAAUCGGAAUGUGUCUAGAAAGAUCCAAAAGCUCGACUUCGCCUGGUUCUGUUCUAUUGCGGCCCCGGAAGCCAACAAAGAGGAGUUAAGGACUCUGUGUGACUGGGGAAACUGGGUGUUUCCAUUCGAUGACACGUUCGAUAAUGGAGAUUUGAGAUCGGAUGAGAUCAUAGGUCGGCAAGUGUUGAACAGUCUUCUGUCAGUGAUGCGUGACUGCCGCACGCAGGCAGACACACACUCUGAGAAGACGGUUUUGGUGGAAAUACAUGAUACUAUUUGGGAACGUGUUGUCAAGUCAUCUCAACCGUACGUACAGCAGAGAUUCGCAGUCGCAAUGGAGCUUUACUGCGAAGGAAUCAUCGCGCAUGUUGGUCACUUCUUCCAACACAAGAUUCCGAGUCUGGAAGAAUACAUGGCGGUUCGCAGACGAGGGGUUGGUGUAUUGCCAGUCUUCGCACUGAUGGAAUAUGCACACAAUAUCAAAAUUCCAGAAAACAUUUACAAUAGCACAGCUAUGCGGGAAUUGAGGAGAAUCGGAAUCGACGUGGUCUUGAUCCAAAACGACAUUCUGUCGUACGCGAAGGAACAGGAAGAAGGGGUACCUCAUAACCUCGUAACUGUCUUCCGGACGAAUGGCAUGUCAAUUCAAGAUGCAUUCGAUCAAGCUGGAGAGAUGUUGAAGCAUUGUUAUCGCGACUGGUACCUCGCCCAAGCUGAGCUUCUGCAAUAUGGCGAAGCUAUUGAUGCACAGCUUCAGUUGUACAUGAUCGCAAUUCAGAAUGUAAUGACUGCAAGUCUGAACUGGCACUUCAAGUCCACUCGAUACUUUGGAGACAAGAAUGAUUCGGUGCGCAGAUAUAGGAGAAUCACUGUCCUUGAAGACCCAUAGAUGUGUCAGGGUCGAGAAAUAUCGGCGUAAACAAUGGCUUAGAAGGGUUGCUUGAACUCAUCCG